CUGCUCGUCAGAAGUUUGCGGGCAGGCAGGGAAAGGUAGCAACAGGAACAAAGUUUGGGACGGACUCCCUCGUUAGCUGAGCGGGUUUCUCCCGUAAAAUGAGCUAACAUUUUUUCAUCAACAAAAAAACUGAACACACCCGAAACCAUCAGGAAGACCAACGGACCCACAAACAGCAGUUUCUUAUAUGCUUUGGAAAAUUGCUAUAGUGAAGUGUGUGGAUGUGCUGGACUGUGCUUUUUUAGCAUAGUUUGGAGUGCCCCCACCUCUUAAAAUGGCUUAAAGGUCCUCGUGUUGAUAUAUUUUAACAUUUAAGAUAGGGUAUUUUUGUUAGCUUCUAAUUUUUCACAAAUACAGCGAACUUUUAAUUAUAUAUAUUUUGUUGUGCCAAAAUACGCGGAUUUUCCACGAUCGCGCCCCCUGAUUGACAGGAGCGAAGGUGACGUUGGAUUUGAAGAAGUUGGACUCCUUUAAAAAAGUUAACAGAUUAACAUUCCAACGGAGGUAAACAGACGAGGAGGACCUGGUGGACAAAAUGGCUACCAUGGCGUCACCUGGCGACGCUAUCGAGGGAGCAGCCAAUGAUGAGUUCAAUGACAUCAUCAAAUGGAGAUCUGAUGAGCACGACGCAGUACAGAAGAAAACCUUCACCAAAUGGAUAAAUGCACAGUUCUCCAAGACGGGAAAGAUGCCCAUCAAGGACAUGUUCUGUGACCUGCAGGAUGGCAAGAAACUGCUGGAACUACUGGAGGGACUCACAGGAAAUGUCCUGACCAAAGAGCGAGGGUCCACCAGAGUUCACGCCCUCAACAACGUCAACAAGGUUCUUCAGGUCCUGCAUCAAAACAACGUGGAUCUGGUAAACAUAGGAGGAACAGACAUUGUUGAUGGAAACCACAAGCUGACUCUGGGUCUCAUCUGGAGUAUUAUCCUCCACUGGCAGGUGAAAGACAUCAUGAAGGACAUCAUGUCCAACUUGCAGCAGACCAACAGUGAGAAGAUCCUGCUGAGCUGGGUGAGGCAGUGUACCCGCUCCUACCAGGACCACGUCAACGUGCUCAACUUCACCACCAGCUGGGCCGACGGACUGGCCUUUAACGCCAUCCUGCACCGCUUCAGGCCCAAUGUGUUGAGCUGGGACAGGGUUCUGAGCCUCAGUCCAGUGGAGAGACUGGACCAUGCCUUUACUGUAGCCAAAGACCAGCUGGCCAUAGAGAGACUACUGGACCCUGAAGACGUGGCAGUUCAGUUGCCAGAUAAGAAGUCCAUCAUCAUGUAUGUGAUGUCCCUGUUUGCUGUCCUGCCUAAAGAUGUGACUAUGGAAGCCAUCAGAGAGGUGGAGACCUUGCCCCGCAGAUACAAGGUGGAGCCUGACGAGAGCAAGGCCCUCAGCAGAGCACAGGCGCAUGUUGAGAUGGAGGAAGCCGGCUCCCCCCGGGCGGAUACCCCCAGCACACUGACGGAGGAGGAGGUGGGCAUGGAGGUGGAUCUGGACUCAUACCAGGCCACCCUGGAGGAGGUGCUCACCUGGCUCCUCUCUGCUGAGGACUCACUGCAGGUGCAGGAGGAGGUGUCGGACGAUGUGGAGGAGGUCAAGGAGCAGUUCCACACACACGAGGACUUUAUGAUGGAGCUGACGGCCCACCAGAGCAGCGUGGGGAACGUGCUGCAGGUGGGCAACCAGCUCAUCUCCCAGGGCAACCUGACGGAGGAAGAGGAGGAUGAGAUCCGGGAACAGAUGACUCUGCUCAACUCCCGCUGGGAGAACAUCCGCGUGGUCAGCAUGGACCGACAGGCCAGGCUCCACGAGGUUCUGAUGGACCUUCAGCAGCAGCAGCUGCAGCAGCUCUCUGAUUGGCUGACAAAGACGGAGGCGCGAAUCAGAAAGAUGGAGAUAGAGCCAAUGGCGGGAGACGUGGAGGGGUACAAGGCCCAGAUAGAGCAGCACAAAGGGUUGCAGAAUGACCUGGAGGCAGAGCAGGUGAAGGUCAACUCUCUGACACACAUGGUGGUGGUGGUAGAUGAGAACAGUGGAGAGAGCGCCACUGCUGCACUGGAGGACCAACUGCAGUCUCUGGGAGAGCGCUGGGCGGCAGUGUGUCGGUGGACAGAGGAGAGGUGGCACAAGUUACAGGACAUCCUCCUGGUGUGGCAGCAACUGCUGGAGGACCAGAGUUUGUUCCAAGCGUGGCUGACAGAGAAAGAGGCAGCCUUAGGUGAGGUUCAGACCAACACCUUCAAGGACCCGGGAGAGAUGAAUGCUAAUGUCCGCAGAUUAGCGCUCCUGAAGGAGGACAUGGAGAAGAAGCGGCGGACGCUUGACCAGCUGAGAGAUGCGGGACAGGAUGUGAGGUCACUGCUGAGAAGCGCCGAGGCGGGGGCGAGGAUCGAAGGAGACACAGAGGAGCUGACCCAGAGAUGGGAUAACCUGGUCCAGAGACUAGAGGACUGCUCCUACCAGGUGACGGAGGCCGUGACGAAGGCUGCUGGGAUGGCUCAGAUUGAGGAACACGUUGCAAUGGUUGUGAUGGAAACUGUUGCUGUGGCGGCAGCACAGCCGGAGAAGGUGCUUGACGACCAAGAGCUGGCCCCUCCCACUCCUCCCAAGAGACGACUGAUGGAGACGGAUGAGUCGGAACUCAGGGGAGGGUUGGAGAGUGACUUAUCUGACCUCUUGAGAUGGCUGAACACAUGGAAAGUUUCAGCUCAGACCCUGGCCUCUACUGACCCUGAAAACCCUGACCUUCAGGAAAAACUACAGGCUUUGGAGGCGCAGCUGUUGUCGAAGGAGGCUCAGGUUGGUCAGGUGACCCAAGGAGGGCGGCGCCUGAUGGAACCCCUGGAGAAAGAGGGAGUGAGUGUGGACUCUAUCAGGUGUGAUAUAGAUGUGGUGGAGGCUGAAUGGGAGGUGUGUGUGAGUGAGCUGAAGGCUCUGUGUGACUGGGUCCAGGCCCAGACCCGGGUCAGGAGCCUCUGCUCUGAUUUGGCUGCUGUGGACAAGGUUCUGGGAGAACAGGACCAGUGGCUGAGUGGAACAGACAGUACCAGAUCUGAUGAGGCUGCCCUAAGAACCCUCAGGACAGAGUGCCAGUCACGGUUGGCCCAGCUGACUGCACUGAGCCCACGAUUGGACCAGCUCUCUGCAGAGGUGGAGUCAAUAGAUGUCCCGCCCACUCUCACAGCCAACAUGGCCACUGUCUCUGCCCACCAGGCCUCCACACUGCAGCGGCUACAGACCAGGGAGCAGGAGAUCAAUGCAGCGCUGGCCAGCCUCCAGUAUGUUGAUGAUCAGAGGUCCCAGAUAAUACAGGUGGUUCAGGGUGACCAGAUUCCUGUGGUCAGUGUGUCUGGGACUGACCUCGUAGAUGGUCUGGAGGCUAGACUGGGCACACUGCGGGAAGCCAUCAUGGAUGUGCCUACAACGGAGGGGGCAGUGGAGCGGGCACAGGCACUGUGUAUAGAGAUAGAGCAGAUGCAGCAGGCCUCGGACCCUGCAGAACUACAAAGAUGGAGUCAGCUCUCCUCCAGGGCACGUGAGGAGCUGGGCACGCUGCAGUGCAUCCUGGGUAGCCUGAAGGACAAUCAGGUGCGUGUGGUGGAGGUGGAGCGCUGGCUGGAUGGCGUACAGGAACUGAUGUCACGGAAUGCCAAGGGCCAGGGAGAUGCAGAGAGACUACAGGAAGAGCUCAACCAGUGCAAGGAGUAUGUGAGUGAGAUGGAGUCAGUGGAGAGUUUAGUGAAGCAGAUAGGAGAGAACGUAUUAGCGGUGCAGGGGGCUGCAGUACCAGAGUUGGCCCACUGGGGGCAGGCUAAACUGGAGGAGUGCCAGGGGAGGUGGGAGACACUGAGCAAACAGCUGCUGAGCCACCAGGAGCGUGUGAGUGAGAGCCAGGAGAGGCAGGUGAACCUAAGGAAAGACUUGGCAGAGAUGCAGGAAUGGAUGGCCCAGGUAGACGAGGAGUUCCUCAUGAGAGACUUUGAGUACAAGAGUCCUGAGGAGCUGGAGGGGGCACUGGAAGAGAUGAAGAGGGCUAAAGAGGAUGUGUUACAGAAGGAGGUGAGAGUGAAGAUAUUGAAGGACAACAUUAACAUGUUGGUGGCUAAGGCUAAGACUACCCCUGGUGGCAGUGGCCAGGACCUGACAGAGGAGCUGGGAGGAGUCCUGGGGAACUAUCAGAAACUAUGUGACCGCUUCAAGAGCAAGUGUCACACCCUAGAGGAGGUGUGGUCGUGUUGGAUGGAGCUGCUGCAGUACCUGGACCUGGAGCAGGGCUGGCUCAACAAGUUGGAGGAGAAGCUUCAGGCUACAGAGAACCUACCUGAGAGCACUGAGGCUGUCAACAAGGUUUUGGAGUCGUUGGAAUGUGUGUUGCGCCACCCAGGUGACAACAGGACACAGAUCAGGGAGUUGGGUCAGACCCUAAUAGAUGGGGGCAUCCUGGACGAACUUAUCUCAGAGAAACUAGAGACCUUCAACUCCUGCUACGAUCAACUCAGCCACCAGGCUGUGAACCGUCAGAUCAGUCUAGAGCAGCAACUGGCCACUCUGAAAGAGAAUGAGCAGGUUCUCCAGGCUCUGCAGGAGUCACUGACCCAGCUCGACCACACACUCACCUCUUACCUCACCGACCGCAUAGAUGCCUUCCAGCUACCGCAAGAGGCCCAGACCAUCGGGGCAGAGAUUGCGGCCCAUGAGGUGACAGUGGAGGAAUUGAGGAGUAGGAACGUGGGUAAUCUGCCUCCUCCCACCCCAGAGGGCAAGGCUGCUCGCAGUGGAACCAUGUUGGACCUGCUGCAGCGGAAGCUGCGAGAGAUCUCCACUAAGUACCAGUUGUUCCAGAAGCCUGCUAACUUUGAGCAGCGCAUGCUGGACUGUAAGAGGGUUCUAGAUGGAGCCAAGGAAGAGCUGCACAUUCUAGACGUUAGGGAGGUGGAACCCCAACAGAUCCAGGCCCACCUCAUCGGCUGUAUGAAACUGUAUAAGGUUCUGAGUGAGGUGAAGUUAGAGGUGGAGACAGUGAUAAAAACAGGAAGACAGAUCGUCCAGAAACAACAGACUGACAACCCCAGAGGCAUGGAUGAACAACUGACAGCACUUAAACUGCUCUACAACCACCUGGGAGCACAGGUGACAGAGGGGAAGCAGGACCUGGAGAAGGCUCUGUCUUUGUCUCUGAGACUACAUAAGGACAGCGCCGCCCUACAGGACUGGCUGACCACCAACCAGACUCUGCUGCAGCAGAAAAAGUCCUCUGGAGACAUGCCUGCUGAUAUAGACGCUGAGAUCGCCUGGGCCAAUGGCAUGCUGAAGGAGUCGGAGCAUCGUAAGGCAGACCUGGCUGAGCUGAUGGAGACCAGCGCUGGGCUGCAGGGGCUGGUGGAGGGGAGUGAGGGCCCUCUGGAAGACAAGCUGUGUGGCCUCAACGAAGGCUGGGGACAGGUGCGCACCUGGACCGAGGACUGGCUGAGCACCGUUCUGAACCACCAGAACGAGGUGGAGAUCUUUGAUGAGAACCUGGCCCACAUCAGCACCUGGCUGUACCAGACCCAGAUCCACCUGGAUGAGACGGAGAGACUGCCCACAGUGGAGAGGGAGAUAGUAGUUAAGACCCUGCUAGAGGAGCUGGAUGACAUCACUCUGAGAGUGGACAGUGUGAGAGACCAGGCCAUCAUCCUAAUGACCAGUAGAGGUCCUGCCUGCAGAGACGUCGUAGAACCCAAACUGGCUGAACUCAACCGCAACUUUCACAAGGUCUCCCAAUGCAUCAAAGCUGCCAAGAUGUCCACCACUCUGGAGCCUGGGACUGUGGAUAUGAUUCAGCAGAUACAACAGAUCUCUCAGAUCCCUCACCAGAUCUCUCAGCUCCAACAGGACCAGAUUGCUGAGCUCCAGCAGAGCCAGUCAGAGGAGGCCCUGAGCUCCAGCCUGAUGCAGACCUUUGAGGGGGAACUAGAGGCAACACUCAGGGCCCUAGAGGACCAGCAGGACCCCACACACACCCUGGAUGAUGACAAGAUGGAUGAGGAGAAGGCUGGCAUGGAGGAGCUGCUGAGGAGAGGAGAGGAGGUGCUGCUCCAGACUGCAGAUGAGGGGCAGAGGGAGGGGCUGAGACUCCGGCUGCUCCGGCUGCAGGCGCAGUACACCACUCAGAGGGAGUUUAGGAUGCUGAGAGUGAGACAGGUGGAGGUCUCCAUGGACGACGACUCUUCUUCAAACAGCUUCACAGAGCAGAGAGACAGACAGGACCUGACUGGAGAGCAGAUGGAGGCAGAGGACAGGGCGCUCUCUCUCAGUCCCUCAGACUACCUGCUGAAUAUCAACAAGGUUCUGCUGGCCAUGGCCGACAACGAACUGCUGCUCAACUCCUCCGAGCUCAGCAGUGGUCUCUAUGAAGACUUCUCCAGCCAGGAGGACACACUGAGGAGUAUAAAGGAGAGUCUGGAGUGUGUGGGGGAGCAGGUAACGGUAAUCCAUGAGCGCCAGCCUGAUGCCAUCCUGGAGGCGUCGCAGAGAGAGGUGGCACAGAUAGGAGACGCCCUCACCCAGCUCAACGCAGAGUGGGACCGCCUCAACCGCAUGUACAACCACCGCAAAGGGAGUUUUGACCGUGUGGUGGAGGAGUGGAGACAGUUCCAUUGUGACCUGAACGACCUGAGUCAGUGGCUGACCGACAUAGAACUGGUCCUCACUGAGGGAACAGGACCUGAUGGACAACUGGACCUGGACACAGCCAGGACACACCAGGAGGAGCUGGAGGAGGGUCUAGCCAGUCACAUGCCUGUCCUGGCCGGGUUGAGCCAGACAGGGGAGAGGAUCAUUGGGCAGCUGUCGGCCCCUGAUGGGCCACUGAUGGAGAACAAGUUGGAGGCCCUGGGACAGCGCUGCAGGGCCGUGCAAAGACAGGUGCUGGACAGACAGCGCAGGCUGGCUGGAGGUGACCCUGCCUUAUCAGAGCUGGUGAGGUGUAGUGGAGACCUGGCUCUGUGGCUGGAAGAGGCUGAGUGUGCUGUGAGCUCUCUUCCUGUCACCGCUACCGACAAGAACCUCAAAGAACUCAAGACCCUGGCUGAGGAGAUGGACACCCAGAACGAGCGUCUUGGUUGGCUGAACAAGAACGGCCCCCAGAUUCUGGCCAAUCAGAGUGUGAGUCCUCAGGAGAGAGAUCAGCACAUGAGCAAACUUAGGACCAUCAACCUCAACUGGAGCAAGGUGACUCAAGAGUUGUUAGAUAAAGUAGGAGAGGUGGAGGGGAACCUACAGAGUCAUGGUCAGUUCCAGGACAAGAUGAACAGAAUGACCGACUGGGUCCAGGUCACACACCAGAGCCUCAGUGGGAGAGGUGUAAGCCCUGCAGAGAGCCAGGUUCUGGCAGCAGCUAUGAGGGAGCGUAAGAGAGAGCUUGAGGAACUGUUGGCCCGCUCCAUAGAACUACAAAGACGACAACAGCUGCUUCCCCUGGAGAAGAGUAAGGUAGAGCAGCUGGCGGCAGACUGGAAGGCUCUGGACGGAAGGUUGAAGGAUUCUCAACACCCACCUAUGUUGUCUCCAUUGCAACAUCCUGUUUCUUCUCCAUGGACCCACCAUGUCGCCCAACAACAACAACUCUCAGUGUCAGUGGUCCCAUCGGCAGUACAGAUGGCCAGUCUGAUGAGUGAGGACCGGCACCACCAGACCCCCCGCAGCCCAGAGCUGGUGGCCCCCACAGAUCUGAACGAGACGGCCACAGAGCUGGCUGACUGGCUGCUGCUCAUCACACAGAUGCUCAAGUCCAACAUCGUUACUGUAGGGGACACAGAGGAGAUACGCACCACCAUGGGACGCCUACAGGUGACUAAAAGUGACCUGGAGCAGCGUCACCCCCAGCUGGAGGACAUCUUCACUCUGGCCCAGAACAUAAAGAACAAGACCUCCAACCUGGAUGUACGCACCUCCAUCACUGAGAAACUAGAGAAGGUGCAUAGCCAAUGGGACAACACGCAGCACGGCGUAGAGGCACGGCUCCAGCAGCUGGACAGUAUGAUUGGCCACAGCAACCAGUGGGAGGAGCAGAGGCAGGAGGUGAAGGCUCUGAUUGGUCAGAAUGAGGGGCGCCUGCACAACCUACUGCAGCUCUCCAGGGAACCCCUGACCAAACAGCUCAGUGACAACAAGGUGUUCUUGCAAGACCUGGGAAGAGGUCAGGGUACCGUGGUAACCUUUAACGAGCUGUCCAAUCAGCUCCUGCGAGAGUAUUCUGCAGAUGACACGAGGAGGAUCAAAGAGGUCACAGACAAACACAACAGAGCCUGGAACAGCAUCAACAACAGGGCUAGUGACCGCCAGGCCCAGCUGGACAGUGACCUGACUGCUCUACAGACUUCCCUCAGGGAGCUGGAGGCCUUCCUCAAGUGGCUUCAGGAGGCCGAAACUACCAUCAAUGUCCUGGCCGACGCCUCCCAGAGGGAGGAGCUAUCACAGGACUCCGCCCACGUCAAGGAGCUGAGGGGGCAACUGGAGGUAGGCCAUGCCCAUUUGAUCUGCUGAUUUUGUGUUUGUGUG